AGGACCCUAAACAAUCCUCAGGACCAUAGCCCUCCAAUUCCACCUGGUACUAAGUAUCACUGCAUCAGUAAGAUUGAAGGUGGAACUGUGAAGUUCCUCCCACAGUCUAAAAACUUUCUUCAUAGUUCAUCCCUUAGUCACAACUGCCCUAACGGAUGGAUACGGGCAAAAAAUAGGCAAACUACUGCUCCUCAGGAAAAGGAAGGGUACCCUGGGUGCAGCACCAGACGCUGUUAGCUGCUCGUGCAACUCCUGGUGGUCAUCCUCUCAGGCAGUGGGUAGGUGCCACUGUUUUUUGAUUGACCGUUUGACAGUUGUUUUGGUAGUGUGAUGGCCGUUUGGGUCUGUUUCUGCUGCCUUUCCCUUUGCUCCUCCUCCCACACAGGUGCAGGUGUUUUCCUACCAGAGGAGAGGGAUUAAAGAUCUGCUUAGAAGGGAAGCAAGACUUUUCUUCGAGGGCUUCGUAUCAGGUCCAGCUCCAUCGCCAUCUGCUGUUUAUGCAUAUUAAAAUUACAUCAAGUACUAAAAUUGAUUUCGUCUCUCCAUUUAUUUGUUAUGGUCUAGACCCAGUCAUAACAGGUGGCACUGUUACCUGUUUUUUGGGCAUCACUAUUGGGGCAUCGCCGCUGUGGUUCAGCUGAGUGCCGUCCGUCAGUGCGUCGGCUCAGCGUGAUAUGGUCCGGCUGAGAGCCGUCACCCCUCUCAUUGGACCUAACCAGAGUUUAGGACUUGUGCACUAUAUUGGAGGAUUUGGUGCGGGGUCUGGUGUGACCCACCCUUUGGGUUCCUGUUUCUGUAUUUAAACAUCUCCUUUUAAACACUAUACUACUGAAGAUGUCUCAAUCUUCCUAGUAGGAGAGCCCUGUGCUAAUUUGUUAUUGUUUUUUUUAUUUUAUUUUAUGGAGGCUCACUCGGCACAAAGGGGAAACCAUAAUGCCACACUCUAGAGAAAAAAAAGUUUAACUGGAUAGCUUCGGUAUUGCUCAUCACUUUUGUUGCAGUGGUAAUAAAUAUUAGGUUGGGGUUGUGAUAGACUGUAAGCUAGUGGGAGACAGAUGGAUAGGAACUCAGGAGAAGCUUACUUGCGCCAACAGUCCGCCCACAACUCAAAGGUGAACUUCUAAUGAACUAUUUGCAGAAAAUAUAUCCUUAUAAGCAACAGUUUUUUUGUCGUUGUUUUUUUUUUUUUUUUUUUGCCUUAAAAUGGCAUAAUCAUAAUUAAAAGACCACUGUGGCUACUUUAAAAAUAGAUUAAAAGAGGAUCGGAAUGGGUCUUUAAACUAUUUUCACUGUUGUAACUCUUCCCCAUAACACACACACUUAGUUUUUUCCUCUUUUUUUUGACUUUUUUAGUUUGUUUUUGCAGAAAAACUUGGAUUAGUCUCUAAUUGAUUCACAGAAACCAGAUGUGCUUCUGCAGCCAGGAUGACUGCUGGAUCUGUUUUUCUCCUCCCAGUUGGAGUCACCAUUUCUGCUGAGAAGACAAAGUUAUGAAAUUUACGAAUCGAAAUGAGAAGUUAGAGGAGUUCUUAAAAAAUGGACUCGAUAACUUUAACAGCGGGGAAGAGGGGAAAAGGGGGGUCCGGCUGGAGUGGAUAAUAAAACCAUGCAGGGGGAGACUUGCUCGGGGCCUUCAGGAGUCAGGGACAGGGACUUGUGGGAGCUGCGGACGCGCGAUGGAUCCGGCGUUGGCGCUUCCCCCCGGUCCCAUUGAUUUGUCUGCAGCCGAUCCCGCGCGCCAGCCUGCAGACUGCAGCCAGCCUGAGGCAGGAGAGAACGGUUCUCUGGAGGACAUGGAGGACGACGUGGGUCUGAAAAAGCGCAAAAGUGAUCUUCCUGUUGAGAAAGAGCUACCGGCGGGGCAGGAAACCAGCGAAAAGGUCAAAAGGAAGAGAGGCCGUCCACCGGCCGAGAAGCUGCCCCCAAACCCACCGGAGCUCACCAGAACGCUGAACACGCUGGUGGACAUGGUUAUGAACUACAAGGACGGGUUGGGGCGACAGAUCAGUAAAGGUUUCGUGCAGCUUCCCUCCAAGAAGGAAGUGCCGGAGUAUUACGAGCUGAUCCGGAAGCCCGUGGACUUCAGGAGGAUCAGAGAGCGUGUGCGAAAUCACAAGUACAGAAGUGUGGAGGAUUUGGAAAAGGACGUCUUCCUUUUGUGCCACAACGCUCAGACUUACAAUCUGGAGGGAUCCCAGAUCUAUGAGGAUUCAAUUGUUAUUAAGUCUGUUUUCGAGAGCGCGAGGCAGAGAAUCGUCACAGACGAGGAACAGAAGGAGACCGUUGGCGGCAGUCACAGCGAUAAUGGAGGUGCAGCUGAAGACCAAUUUGUUCCAUCAGCAGUGAAACCUCUGCCAGUCCAGCUGAAGGAGAGAAGUAAAAACCCCAAGAGGCUGCACAAUGAUUUAGACGGUGAUGAAAACCCAGAAGAUAACACCUCAAAAGAUGAGGGCUGAACUGAAAGACCCUGCUAUUUUUUUACUUUUACAUUUUUGAUCAUGUCAAUGCUUCAUCUUUUCUCAUUUCUUUUUUUUUCUAUCAAAAACUAUUUAAAAAAACAAAAAAAAAAGUGGACCACUCCACAAAAAGCAAUUACCCAACUUCUUCCCAGUGAUUCACACCUCUUUGAAUUACACGUCGCUGCACAAUGUGCUGGUUCCUUUCUGUCUUUUACAAUAAUUAUACUUUAUGGUUUAUCUGCCUCUGUCCCUGUGAUUGCUUCUGCAGACAUUAUGUAAAAUGCCACUUCCACAGACUGUUUUUAAUGAGCAUAUUUGAUUGUAUGAUAUGCCUUUUUAUGUCCUGGGAGCAUGAUAUUAAUCUGGUCCCUUCGGAGCCGCAGCCGAUAUUAAAGUUUAUAGGACGCCAGAAUUAAAGCACACAGUGAAGCUUUUUUAAAUAAAAGAUUUGGAGAAAAUGUACAGUAACUUAAAACAAUUAAGCUUGGAACAAAAUCUGUGAUAAAUAAAACACUAAAUAAAACAAAAGCAGUCAAGUGGAACAUUUCUACGCCUCGUGCUACAAUAUAUAUAUAUUCACAUGGUGUAAAAAGUCUGUGUAAAAAUGACCUUUUUUCAUUGAGCAUCUUUACUGUUUGAGGGUGGAAGAUGUCACUGUUAAGACAAUCCCUGGACACAUGUAUCACUUGCAAAAUAAAUUUGACCAAAACCUCCCAAUGUGUUUCAUAUUUAUGCUGGAAAAUGAACAUCCUUGAAUCAUUGAAAUCAUUUUUUCUUAGACAUAAAGGCUGAAGUGCAUUUUUAAAUCAUCCCAACAGGUGGAGCAAGAGGACCACAUGAAGAAUCUGUAAUUUGAUCAUAAUUUCAGUAAAAUUGAUGAAUGUAGAAAACAAUGUUUGUGCAAAAAAUGCAAUUGAAUCAAUUAUUUAAGUAAACAUGGAUUAUUUUGUUACACCUACUGGAAAUUGCCAUGAAAGCUCAAUGUGUUACAUCCUCCAAUCCCAUCUUUCCCUUUAACUCUUCUACUUUUACUUAUUUUGUUAGAUUUUUUUUUAAAUCAUAUUUUUCAUUGCACAGUUCAUAGAAACCAUAUUUUUAGAAAAUUUGACUAAUUGGUUAACCCAUUUGCUACAAAAAAUUAUUUUGUUGCAAUUUAUUUUGAUAAAACAGUCUUUGGUAUAUUUUAAUUUGAAAAUUUUCUCUGCAAGGAGUAAACACUAAACUUCAUUGUUGAGGAUUAGAUCUUAGUUUUGUUGGAAGACAAAUAAAGUGUGUUUAUAUAGCACAUUUCGUUGUAUAUAUAAAAAAAAAUCAAGGUAUUUCACAUAAAACAAAACAUUUAAAAGAAAUAUUAAGAGAAAAAAAAU